AUGAACCAGCAAUGCACUCUUGCCCAGAACUGGGCUGCUGAUGCAGCGUUUCCUGCCGACAUCAUCAAGUUCACACAACAGCCCGCAUCAACACAAGCAUUUCUCACAGCCACCAACCCCCACGGGUUUGCUGAACCGGCUCGAUGGUCGAAUUCGACGAGCUCAACAGACGAUUCGGGACCUCCAGCUGGCAAAGAUCGCAGACGAAGGGCACGCGACUCUGAAGCCAAACGCGGCUACUCGUCAGCCGACAAUUCGGUGCCGACCAUGUCGGCUCCGGUAGCUCAGGAAGGCACUCGCCAGUUGGUUGUUGCGGGGGUGGUCUUGGGAACACUUGACCUUGAUCGAUUGAGUUCCAUAGCAAGGACAGACGGGGAGAAGUCUAAGCAGAAGACUAAAGACAAAGUUCAGACUGAAGAGGCAUAA